AGAUCUCUCAAUCCACAAUGACCCAUAAUUUUGGUAACAUUGGUCCUGCAUGUUGUAAAGCUUUUUUAGAAGCGGAAGCUAACUGCACACCAAAUCUUCCUUUCAAUCCGUUUCUCAUUCCACUCUUAAAGGAACAUUGCUCCAGAGUUGCUAGUUCUCCAACCACACAGUAG